AUAUGCCAGUGCAUUCUAAUCCGCUAGGAUUAGAGAGCAAGACAAAUGGACAAGCUUCGACUGUAAGCUUGCGAAUCAAAAUUCCAGAGACCGCAGUUUCCCAACUUGAGAGCCUCGCUAAAAAACAUGUCGACAAUCCUCUAAGGAAAAUUGGCAUUGUGCGAGUUUGCGUUGAUGGAGUUAAUACUAUUGAAAUCCCUACAGCAGAAGCUCCAAAAACAGAUGAAGUGAUUAACAGUAACUGCCAGAGCAGUAAAGCGAAGCGCUUUUCGCAAGCCUUAACUGUAGAAACUAAUACUCAGACCCCGGGCUACCAUCCUGAAGUACAAAACGGCACACACGAUUCAAGUUCAGCCUCAAGCAAUACAAGCUCAUCCUCAAACAAGAGCAAUGGAAAGAAAGAUAUCCCGAUACCUCGGUCGAAAGAUGUGUUGCCUUUGGGUCCCAGCUACAUCAGAUGUGGCGCAAUUUCACCCAAGCCGAUUAAAAAGAAGCGAGAUCCUUCAAGCCACCCACCAUUCGACUGUGACUUACCACUUGAUAUACCCCCUCCCAUACAAGCCCCCGUAGCAACUCAAGGUCACGCUAUUAUGUCACAGCUGACCAGUCAAAAUGGAAGACUUUCCUUAGCAGACCAAGCGACACAGCAAAGUGUCAUUUCAGCCGCAAUAAUAAUGUCGAAUUUAUCCCAGUAUGAACAUGCUAUAGAAGCUGUGAUACAUAAAGCCGUUAGUGGUCAGGAUUUGACAUGUUAUCUAGUUGAAAUUGAUCCGACAGCUGAUCUAGAUAGCAUUCCUCCCGCAACACCGAAGAGUGUAGAUCUGAAUGGAUCCGAAGCAAGUAACGCAGUAGCGUCAAUUUCUGAUCAAAAUGAUACAGCUUCGAAUGCAGGGAGUGAGUUGCACCAGCAAAAUAGUGUCGAGCAUACUAAUGUGUCUCAAAUGGGAGCUAUACCUCCGACGCCGACUCAAAUGGCCCCUCCCCCACCCCAAACGAUGUCGAACCCCUCUCUGGUUGUCAGAACAGGACACCAGCAGCAGGUUCCAACGAUGCAAGGAGCCGUGAUGGCCAGUCCUCAUGCGGGUUCAAUGGGUAUGCAUGCAAGAGGAGGGCCGGUUUGGGGAUAUGAUCCUGCUGCUCCGUCGCCGCAUGGGCCUUAUAUUUUAGCGUCACCAGGCGAAGCGGCGGCUAUGGGAUUUGGACAUGAUCCGCUUUGGUUUGCAAGUCCGCACCUCGUGAUGGCAGGGAGACAUCCGAGUCCUGUCAAGAUGACUUCGCCUAUGAUCUCUGCCAAGAUGCCUCCUCAGAGUCCCUCCUAUGCACCAAUGAUGUACGGCGGACAUUCUCCUUAUGGGCGAAUGGGUCCCUCUCAAGCCUCGCCUUACGGUGCCCCCCACCCGCACACCUCGCCCAUGAGUCAGUUCUCCCCCAACUUCGCCAUGACUUCCCCUAUCGGACCGGGAGGGGUAAUGCAACCGGGAAUGGGACCAUACGGAAUGAUCCCCCAGAUGGGCAAAACGCAGGCGCAAAUGAUGCAACAAUCGCAGCAGCAGCAUUCACCCAUCUCAAGUGGAGUGACAAUGCAACAACAGCAGCAGCAGAUGCUCAUGCCCCCGACUCACUCUCUCGCACACUCGCAUGGGGGGCAACAACAACACCAGAUGUCCAAGGAUUUCUUACCCUCACUCCAACACUCACAGUCUCACAAUGCCCCGCAUACGCAACAUUCUGGUGACCUUAUGAUGCACCACCAGCAACACCAACAACAACAUGGAGUUGCAAUGGGAAUCCCGAUGACGUCAUCAAAUGACCAACACCAGCAGAUGAUCCAGAAUCAACAUCAACAGCACGCCCAGAUACAUCCGCAUCAGCAACAACAACAUAUGCCUCCACAAAAUCAGAGACUUACCCAACAACAACAACACCAGCAACAGAUCCCCCCGGUACAACACAGUCAACAGGGAAUGGUUGGGGGAGGAGGACGGGCUGGCAAUGUGACUAUAGUGUCCAUGACGCCGUCAUCAGAAAUGAGUAGCACGCCAAGUGGAAAUGCUUCUUCUAUGGAUCAGAAUUCGAAAGUCCCGACAUCGCGAGGCGGUGACACGAAUUCAAACCAGCACCCAAGACAGAAUAAUUCUGGACAAAAGCUCUACUUACAAAACGCAAGUAAUCAGUCCUACAACACGGUUAAACCAAUUCCCCAUCAGCACGGCGUGCAAAUGGAGUCAAACUCAACCCAGAGUUCAAGUUACAUCCAAACUACAAGCGCCGGAUCCAUGAUGCCUCCGAGUAGUUCCUCGGAAAAUUCCUCCCACGGGAAAACAAAGUCGCAGAAUCAAACCUUGCAUCAUGCAAGAGCGUCGUCAGUUGUAACUAGCGGUUCGCUUCCGUUCGGGUCUAUUGAUGACGAUAUAAGCAGCGAACCCUCGCCUUUUCCCGCGUCGCCGGCGCCUUCUAUUGGUUCAGUGAAACUCGGAAAUCUUGCAUCGAGUUCCUCGGAUGCUCUUGGCGAUGAUGCUUCUAAUGUUAAACUUGAAGACAUGAAUCUUUCUGAGCUCGAUAAUGCGACUAGAAAGCUACUUAGUGAUGUUGUGUGUGAUUUUGAGAAAACUCGAUCGCGUUCUGAUGAUAACGGAGAGAAUUCCAACAGCAGAAUGAUGACACCGGUUAAUGUUCCGACUUACCUAGCCGACGAAUCAACUGAGCCGAAAAUUGUAACUGAGAUUAGAAUUCCGACGAGUCGCAGUUCAGAUCAGGUGACUGAAACGAUAACUAUUCCGAAAACAGUGCCAGUUAUCAAUACGUCGGCGAAUGUCAUCGAGAAGAAAGAAAAACGAAAACGGGACACAGAAAAAAGCAAGAAGUCGUCAUCGAAUGCCGACGAUAAAAAGCAAAAGGUAGUUUUGGAUCCACUCAGGAAAUUUCCUCUUCCAGGAGGGAUGUUGGAUAACUCACACAGGGAAUUUAGUAACUCGACGACAAUCGAUUACGCGAGUUCGUUCGAUUCGCAAACGUCGUCUGCCUUUUCGUCUUCCUUCUUUGGUUCCAACAACGAUCCGAAUCUGUUCUCGACUCUGGAACCUGACUCACUUUUCAACUCACACGACUUUGAGAGUUCGGGGCAUGAGUUAAUGGCUAGUCACAACUUCAUGCAGAAUUCCAUAAAGGGAGAUUUAGAAGGGGUUGAGAAUGACGAACAUUGUGAGAAGCUUUUGUCGCAGAUUUUGGAAGGCGAUGGUUCCGCAAUGCCAGUCAGUGAUUUCAACGAUGUCCUGGUAGCUUCAAACUCCAUGUCAAGAUCAAUGUCGCAACCUGCAAAUUAUAAUGGCGACAAUAGAAUGAAAGGAAUUCAUGGAAUUUCGGACUCAUUUGGAAUCUCGGAAAACGAUAUAAAUUUGCUUCAGCAAUCAAUGGAUAUGGCACAAGCGUCUAGUCAAAGUACAGGUAGUACUACAGCUACACAAGCGAAGCCGCGUAAACGAACAAAAAGUAGUAAUAAUUCGGUGAAAGCGUUCGGAGAACCGAAUCCGAAAAUAAGUUCAAACUUAGCGAGUAGUGUAACGACGUCGUCGUCGCCUCAGAAAUCAGUACCUCAGGGAAGGUCUCAGGUCGGAAAAAGCGCAACUCCGACACCGGCUACUGAUUUUACCCCGCCUGGAUCCGGAACACCGGAGAUUCAGCUAAGUAAAUCCACACCGGAAUCAACAUUUUCAAGCAUGAAUUUCGAUAGUGUGAUCAAUAAAGUCUUGUCGGAGAAAAGUGCGAAACGAAACCCGAGCUCGGAAGUAUCGGAUCCCUCUAAGUCAACGACUUCGAAUAACAGUGGAUCUCCGAGUUAUGAAAGCAAAAUGAUGCAAUCUAAAUAUCAAGAAAGUGUCCAGAGAGUUGUAACGUCUAAAACACCAGGACACCUCCAAUUGACAGCGAGUGAUUCCAUCUCGAAAAACAGGCUCGCUGGCAAUGGUAGCGCACAUCAUGUUGGAAAUGUUGAGAAAACAUUCGGUGGAAGUGAAAGUGCAACUUUAGAUUUCGUAAACUAUGCCUCAACUUUAGCUAUGCCUACUGGUUCUAAUAACCAAGUUAUAAGUGAUCACCAGUAUAUAAAACAAACAGAAAGCUCAACUUUGUCUUCGCCUAUGAGCGCGAACUCCACUUACAAUUCAGCAUCGUCUUUUACUGGAAGUAAAAUGAGUCAUAUGAAUUCGGGAACUGUAGGGAUGAGUGGCCUUGUAAGUGGCCAUAGUAUGGACGUUGGAGGUAUGUCCCAGCAGCAGCAGAAUAAGUUCCUUCCAUCUCUAGCUGCGAAGUCAAAUGUGACGGCUGAAUACUCGAGUGUUCACGUGCCUAGUUCUCCAAUGUCGUCCAAAUAUGUUGUUGGUAACUCUGGCUCAGCGAAAUCCGAAAACAUCUCAGGAGAUUUGUCCAAGCGUCGAGCAAUGGAGGUCAGUGAAGACGAAAUUCUGAGAGGCAUAGAGGGCGAAGAGGAGUUGGAUUUUGUUGACAGAGGAAGUGAAUAUGAAGAGCAGCAGCAGUCGAAUGUUGAGACGGAAAUUGUACAUAAUAAUGACCUUGAUAUCAGGAACAUAGAGGAGGGAUUUUGUUUCGAAACUGAACCUUCUGUAGACUCAAGUGGCUCGUCCGAAAGACCGACAGUCGAAGAGAAAGAAAGCGACAUGGCCGACGAAACCGAAGAAAAGCACCACGUAAUAGACACCAUUGAUACAAAGGGCGCCAAAAUCGCAUCACAAAUUGUGGAAUCGAAAAAAUCAUCUCUCGUAUAACCGUACUGUUUCUUCACAAGUGUAAUUAUGGAUAAAUGAUAAUCAAAUUUAUUAUGUGCUAAUUUCUGUUGACAUUAGAUGACGCUGUUCAAAAAUUUUCUAAUCCUCUUCAAAAAAAUUCGCUCAAAUUAUAAAAUAUUCAAUGUAAUAAUUGAAAUAUCGUAGCUGGUUAGUUAAAUGAACUAGAUUAUUGUAACAGAGUUGUAAAACCCUCUUUAAAUUUCGAAUAAUGUUUAAUUAUUGAGAUUAAACAGAAAAAGAGAAAACUUUCUGUUCUCAGAAAUCAAACUAUUUUGUGAUUUAUUCGGCAUAAGAGUGUAUUUGGUAGUGUGUGAUGAUGUUGAUAUCAAUUUAUACGCUUUAAUCUCUUCUAUUGUUCUUAAUAUUCUGAUUCUGGGUCUUCUUUUCUCAACUCACUUGUAAAUAAUGUUGAAAUUUUGUUCAAGUAAUUUAUUCUCUGUAUAUUAUACUACUUCUCUCUUGUUUUUAUUGCAUAAUGUUGCUUCAGAUUUCUAGUCUUUUCUGGUUUUUGUACCUCUUCAC